CCAUCCUCUAUCUUGUACGAAACAAUAUUUACUAAAUCUAAGGCACUAGAAUGUGCCCUGGCUCGGUCGUGGAGAUGCGUGCCAUGAUAGACUAUAGUAUAAACUACAGUCGUCGGCGCAAGACUACGGGCCGGCUAUUCGGAUUCAUGGGUAGGUCUAGUUGGCUCGAGCGUUGGCAGUUACCCGUACUUUAUCUAGACUAUCUCGACUUUCUUCGUGCCUGUAUACCCAAUGAGAGCAAUGGAUAUCUUGGCUAUAGCCAGCAUAUUCAUAGUUGAUCUAUUGGUGGGCUACCUUGAAUAGUCUAGAGCAACUCGAUGCCGGAGAUGCACGUACCUGUCAUCAGACAUGUAGGUAGCUCCAACAUCUGUUUCGGUGUCAGCCCAUCUACCUGCUUUUCUGUCUUUGUGGAUUUGUGCUUACUUCGCUUUUGAAAUUAUCGUGAGUCUCGUACACUCAUCUGAAAUCCAUUCUUGAUGAGUGCUUUUUUUCAUGCCUAGGCGGCUUGUCCUAUAAACGCUCGCUGUACCACGUCAUAUAAGACCAGGGGUGAAGUUGUGACGUAGUAAUCGUGGCAUCUGUGCCUCCUAUUCGCAUCAAGAUGGCUCUCGACGAGAAGACCAAGUUGGUCGUCGUCGGCCUAGGAAUGGUCGGCAUUGCCUUCAUAGAGAAACUCUUGAAGCUCGACGCUAGGACUCACGAAUACAAUAUCGUCGUUAUUGGCGAAGAGCCCCACCUCGCUUAUAACCGAGUUGGUCUCACGAGUUUCUUUGGCCACCGAAAGGUUGAGAACUUAUAUCUUAACCCGAAAGAAUGGUACGCACAACAUGCCCCGGACAACAAGCUAAACUAUCACUUAAACACCUUGGUUACUGCUAUCGAUCCCACAAACAAGACCGUGGUCUGUGCUGAUGGCGACGUGGUGUCGUACGAUAUCCUUGUUUUGGCAACUGGCUCCGAUGCGAUUCGCCCGCGCCAUACUCCCGGAUAUGACGCUAAUGGAGUAUUCGUCUACCGGACCAUCGAGGACCUGCAAAGCCUCAUCGCGUUUGGCGAGUCGCAUAAAGGGACAGUUGGCGCUGUCGUCGGUGGCGGGUUACUAGGCCUCGAGGCGGCGAAUGCGAUGAUGGACCUGAAGUGCUACGAUAAAGUGAAACUCGUCGAGAGAAACCAAUGGGUACUAAGUCGGCAACUGGAUGCCGACGCUGGUAAUCUAGUUGUCGAAAAAGUCACCGAUCUAGGACUUGAGGUCUUACUGAGUAAGAGAGUGGGUGAGAUAAAAACUGACGAGAAAAACAAUUUAACGGGUGUCGUAUUCGAAGAUGGCGAGCAGAUGGACUGUUCCACUAUCUGCUUUGCUAUCGGUGUACAGCCAAGGGAUGGCCUAGCGAGGAGCGCCGGCAUCGAAUGUGCUGACAGGGGCGGUGGGAUUCUCGUCAACGACGACUUGAGUACGAGUAUCCCGGAUAUAUAUGCCAUCGGCGAGUGCGCGAGCUGGAAAAACCAAACCUUCGGCCUCAUCGCCCCCGGCAUCGAAAUGGCCGAUGUUCUCUCCUUUAAUCUCACACAAGCCAAGAUCCACGUGCCAAGAGUCUUUAAACGGCCUGACCUGAGUACGAAGCUCAAGCUUCUCGGAGUCGACGUGGCGAGUUUCGGCGAUUUCUUCGCGGACAGAGACGGUCCCAGCUUCUUACCGGCGAAGGCGGCCCGGAAAAAGAAGGAAGAUCAGAGCAUGACCAAGGGGUCCUCGUCUUCUCUAGUUAAAGCUCUUACGUACAAGGACCCCUUCGCCCAGGUAUAUAAGAAAUACCUAUUCACCACCGACGGCAAAUACCUCCUCGGCGGCAUGAUGAUCGGGGAUACCAGCGACUACAUAAAACUAGUCCCCAUGGUCAAGAACCAGAAAGAGCUAGACAUCCCCCCAGCACAGCUUAUCCUCGGCGCAAAGAAGGAGGGAGACGACGGCACCGACGACCUCGACGACGACACUCAGAUCUGUUCGUGCCACAACGUCUCGAAGGGCGAUAUAGUGAACGUAGUGAAAGACGGCACGUGUAAGACAUUAGGAGACGUCAAGGCAUGUACCAAGGCCGGCACCGGCUGCGGCGGUUGCGUACCGCUCGUCACCAGCAUCUUCAACAAGACCAUGGCCGAGAUGGGCGCCGAAGUAACGAACUACCUAUGCAUGCACUUCAACUACUCCCGCGCCGACCUAUUCAACAUCAUAAGCGUCAAGCAGCUAAGAACCCUCGCCGAAGUCAUGCGAGAAGCAGGCAACGACCCGGACUCGGAGGGGUGCGAGGCGUGCAAGCCGGCGGUAGCCAGCAUCUUCGCGUCGCUGUGGAACGCGCACGUCAUGAGCCGGGACGCGCACGGCUUGCAGGACACGAACGACCGGUUCCUGGGCAACAUCCAGCGCAACGGCACCUUCUCGGUCGUGCCGCGCGUGUCCGCCGGCGAGAUCACGCCCGACAAGCUGAUCGCCAUCGGCGAGGUCGCUAAGGCGUACGGCCUCUACACCAAGAUCACCGGCGGCCAGCGCAUCGACAUGUUCGGCGCUAGGAAGCAGGAUCUGCCCGACAUCUGGGCCCGGCUCAUCGACGCCGGUAUGGAGAGCGGCCACGCCUACGCCAAGUCCCUGCGCACGGUCAAGAGCUGCGUCGGCACGACCUGGUGCCGGUUUGGCGUCGGCGACAGCGUGGGGAUGGCUGUGCGUAUCGAGGAGCGAUAUAAGAGCAUACGAAGUCCGCACAAGAUUAAAGGCGGCGUCAGCGGCUGCGUGCGCGAGUGCGCCGAGGCUCGGAACAAGGACUUCGGCCUCAUCGCCACCGAAAAAGGCUUCAACAUCUUCGUCGCCGGCAACGGCGGCGCGAACCCGAAGCACUCCGACCUCCUCGCCAAAGACGUGCCGCCCUCCGAGGUCGUGCCCAUCCUCGACCGGUACCUGAUGUUCUACAUCCGGACGGCGGACAAGCUGCAGCGGACCGCGCGCUGGCUCGAGUCCCUGCCGGGCGGGCUCUCGUACCUGCGGGCCGUGAUCCUCGACGACAAGCUGGGCAUCUGCGCCGCGCUCGAGGCGCAGAUGCAAGGCCUCGUCGACUCGUACUUCGACGAGUGGGCCGCGGCGGUGCGGGACCCGUUGCUCGCGCGCAAGUUCGCGCAGUUCGCGAACACUUCCGACACGCUCGACGCCGUCGAGACGACGCGGGACCGCGGGCAGUCGCGGCCCGUGGAUUGGCCUAAGGAGGCCGCGGGCGAGGAUUUCAGGGGGUUGAAGGACCGCUGGACGAGCACCGCCUGGCAGCCCGUGAUCGAGGCGGCGUACUUCGCGGGCGCGGACGCGACGCCCAACGGCAUCAGCGCGAAUAUCAAGAGAGGUGAUACCCAGCUCGCGCUGUGGAGGGUUAAGGGGAGGUACUACGCCACGCAGCAGAUGUGUCCGCACAAGCGCUCGUUCGCGCUGUCGGACGGGCUCAUCGGGCAGGACGUCGCGCCGCCUUCGUCACCUUCCUCUCCCACAACAACAAAACAACCACGCACCACCCACCCCACGCCCACACCCUGGAUAUCCUGCCCCUACCACAAGCGCAACUUCGACCUGCGCAGCGGCACCUGCCGCAACGACGCGGGCCUAUCCAUCGCCACCUUCGCCGCCGAGGAGCGCGCCGACGGCAUGGUGUACCUCCAACUACCGCCCGUCGCGGAGCUGGACGCCGCGCUCGGGACGGGGCGGUGGAUGGUGCGGAAGGGCGACGCGACGGCGGCGGCGGACCAGUUCGAGGAGCUGGAUCGGAAGAUCGGGUUUAAUAAUAGUAAUAAUAAGGGGCGGAGGGGGAAGAGGGCCGGCGUCGACGCGGGCGGGACUGGAAAUGGAAAUGGAAAUGGAAACGGGAAGGUUCAGGGCGUGAGGAAGAUUGGAGGAGGUUGCGGCGUUGCGGUCGAUUGGUAAGGGGGGAAGGGCAAAGAUGUGCCGUAUGCUAGAUGAUGUGGCUACGAAGGAAAGCUACUUGGAUGUUUAGUAUCUUUUUGUUAUAUGUCGUAAAUGAUAGUCUUACCUGCCCUAGGAUACAAAAUAACCUAGAGCAAGUAAUCAAACGAUUGGUGGACAAAGAAUAUAGGUAA